AAUCCACCAUUUCCAUCACAUUAUUCAGAAUAUUCACCAUCCUCCUUCUCACUUCUCUAUUUAACUACACUAUAAUCCUGAACUUAAAAAAUAAUAAAAAUUGAAGGAAACAAAACUCACACUCUCUCUCCACUCCUGCUAUUCUUCCCACUGUCUGAGGAUUUGAAGCUCAACAAAAAAAAAAACAGACGUUGAAGAUCAAAUAUUGCUCUACUAAGAGAAGCUAAACCCCUCUGAAAAACCCGGUGACAUUUUCCGGCUAGAGGAGUUAGAAAAUGGCGGCGGCAUUGGAGUGCUGGUCGGGUAGAACCAGCACAGAGGAGGAUACAGUAGAGCAAGUCUUAAUGAGGUCCCACGACAGAUCGGAGGGCUCUCCAGAAGCUUCUACGGCGGCGAAAGACUCUUCCUCGGCGUCGUCGUCGGCGAUGCAGAAGCGAUUCCAGCGACUGAGUCGGAAUGUAUCCGAAGCGAUCGCCUCCUUAAAGAACUCACUGAAUCUUGACUCGCCUCGUGACCCGCCUCCCUCCAAAAUCGACGGUCACCGUAAGAUUGUUUGGGGCAGCGUUGUUCGUAGUCUAACUCAGCUUUACCCGGGCAGCCAACUGCCCGAGAAACUCGUCUCCAAUAUUCGCAAACACUACGAUUCUAUGCCGUUGAGUUAUGCGCAAGCGGGGUUUGAUAUGAAGGAUGUAUUUGUUCAUAUACGAUUGAUUGAACAAGCAUGUGCUGAGGAUCAACCUGCUGUUUUAAUUCAAGAAAUUUCUGAGAAUGAAGUUCAGGGAGUUGUUUAUAAGAUUACAUUUGCUUGCAAUUCAUCGAUCUCGUGGCCGGCGGUUUCCGGGGCGUUAGAAAACGGGUCAAUGUGUUGUAAGAAGAUACAGAUCUUUGAGAGGAAAAGUUCUACUCUAGGAAUCCUUCAUAUUUUAGUGCAAAGUGGGCAGGAAAAGUGUUUUAAGAUUCGUAUAGAGAAUGCGUUGAAAUCGGCUUCUAAGAAACCAAAAAUUAGUAAUAGGAAGCUCCCGUUUGGGCUUUGUGGGUGUCAGGAGGAGAAUGGGAGAGGGAGGGAUUUUGGGGAGAUAGAGGAGGAGGAGUUUGGGGAUCAGAAUUAUAGGAACAGUGUUGAGCGUUCGAGUGAGAAGAUUGAACUUUCGAUGCCUUUGUCGACUUCUUCGAUUGUGGUAUCUGUUGAUGAAUGGCAGACUGUGAGGGCAGGUGGAGAUGAGAUUGGGAAAUGGUUGUUGAGUUCUGAGAGUGUUGAGUUUGGUGAUCAGAUAGGACCGAGUUCUUUUAAGGGGGUUUACAAGGGUAAGAGGGUUGCUAUUGAAAAACUAAAAGGGUGUGAUAAGGGGAAUAUCUAUGACUUUGUGCUCCGGAAAGAUUUAUUAGAGCUUAUGACUUGCGGGCAUAAGAACGUAGUGCCGUUUUAUGGUGUAUGUGUAGACGAGAUUCAUGGGCUUUGUGUUGUUACUAGAUUCAUGGAAGGGGGGUCGGUACAUGACUUGAUGUUGAAGCACAAGAAGCUUCAAAUUAAGGAUGUGAUGAGGAUUGCUAUAGAUGUUACAGAGGGUAUGAAGUUUAUGAAUGAUCAUGGUGUUGCAUACCGAGACUUGAACACUCAAAGAAUCUUAUUGGACCGCCAGGGAAAUGCUUAUUUAGGGGAUGUGGGAAUAGUCACUGCGUGCAAGAGCAUUGGUGAGGCAAUGGAAUACGAGACUGAUGGUUACCGGUGGCUUGCUCCUGAGAUCAUUGCAGCUGAUCCGGAAAGUGUAAGCGAGACGUGGAUGAGUAAUGUAUACAGUUUCGGAAUGAUAGUUUGGGAAAUGGUGACCGGUGAGGCUGCCUACUCUGCAUACUCACCUGUCCAGGCAGCUGUUGGAAUUGCUGCUUGUGGUCUUAGACCUGAGAUCCCUAAAGACUGCCCUCAAGUCUUGAAAUCUCUCAUGAUUAACUGCUGGAAUAAUUGCCCAUCAAAGCGGCCUCAAUUUUCUGAAAUACUCUCUGUAUUACUACGGCCUAACAACAAUAGUACCUUAAACAACAGUUUUGAUACUCUCCAGGCUAUGUUUGGCUGUUUAACUUAACCUGCUCAGUUGCUGUAUGAUUGAACAGUUGAACUCUCCCUCACCCAGAGUACCAGGUGAUUAUGUUAGUGUGAUUAUAGCUAGAGUUGUGUAUCAUUGUAUAUGACUGAAACCUUGCGUUACAGUCUUGGUUUUUAUCAGAUUGCCAUCCUCUUUUGCGUAUUAAUUGUAUCAUCAUGUAUUCAUGUUUGAUUCUUAGAAAUAUACAUGUUAAAUUAGCAUUUUAAUUAGCAUCGGAGUUAAGGAACACAUGGAAAUUAGCAUUUUAAUUAGCAUCGGAGUUGCCGAACACAUGGAAGAUUUUAGUUCAACGAUGAACGAUGGAUAUGUCUGCGGUAAUUUUGCUGCCUAAUCCACACUGGCACGUUAUAAUCUGCACAAAAAUAGGAGGAAAUGUUGCCAAGUGUUAUGAGAUAUUGGACGGUGCAUGAUGAAUGUCCUGCAAACUAAUAGUAGUUACCCAUGUUUGACAAUACAUAUUGUAUCAUUGUAGUAAAUAGUCAAAUUUGUCGUACUAUAAUAGUAACAAGUUUUCCCUAUAAAUACUUAUCUUCAUAUUGUAAUU